AUGACUAUAGCAAGAGGUUCACUACUACUGAGACUUGGCAACAGAUUCGUGCACGACAUCCGACUGUACCAUGGAGCAAGGCUAUCUACCGGUGAUCGAAUGCACGCAUGGGGUCAGGUUAAAGGCUGUUUAUUCUGUGGCGAGCCUAAUGAAACGACGGACCAUCUGUUUUUCGCUUCCCCUUACACAUACACGCUCUGGUUAGAGGCUGUUGGUACGCUUCUAGGUCGGUCUCCUGAUCCGGAUUGGGAAGAGACUCUUGCUCACCUUGCUACUCAUGGGUUUGAACGUCUCACCUACCUGCUGCUGCGGCUUGUGUUUCAGACCACUUUUUACAUAAUUUGGAGGGAGAGAGAAACUAUAGAAGGCAUCAUAAAAGACCUCGUCAAGUCGGGCAGUUGGCUAAACUCAUUGGGAAGACAGUGA